AGUCACACAGAUCUGCUGUUCAUUUACACACACUGACACACACUCCGACACACACUCCGACACACACGGACACUCACCCCGGACAGCUUCAGAGGGAUAUGAGAGGUAACAGUGUGAGGGAUUCAGCACUGACUCUCUCUCUUCAUCUUCUACUGCUGCUGUUAGAUGGAGUUUCCUCUUACACUGAGUUCGAGAUCUCGGUACCCACUGGUGUACAGAUGGGUGUGUACGGGGAGGCGGUGCUUCUGUCCUGCACGUUCCCGGUGAGCGGUCAGUGGGACCCAGACAGCAGCGUGAUCACGUGGCAGCGCCAGCUAGAGGUGGUCCACAGUUUCUUCCACGGCCGAGACCAGCCGCAGUACCAGAGCCGGAGAUACGCCAACCGCACCAGCCUGUUCCACCAGGAGAUGAAGAAGGGGAACGCGUCACUCAGGCUGGACCGUACCACUCUGGAGGACGCGGGGGAGUACACCUGCUCCGUCAGCACUCGGCUGGGCAGCCAGAGGAAGAGCUUCCCCCUUAAAGUAGCAGCGUUCUACCCCGAGCCUCGUCUGCACAUCUCCGUGCUGAGCGACGGCCACGUGGAGGUGCUGGUCACCUCAGAGGGCGGGUUCCCUUCCCCCUCCCUGCAGUGGCUGAUGGGAAACGCCAGCGACGUCACCGACCAAACACACACGCAGCUGAGGCAGGACCAACACACACAUCUGUACAGCGUGAACAGUAAACUGAACCUCAGUGGAACCGUCAACUCCUCCAUCACCUUCAUCAUGAAGAACCCAGAUCUGGAGCAGGAGAUCAGGAGGAACAUCGACCUCUUCUCAGAAAAUGGAGGAUUUGACCAGAGCCGACAGCGAGCAGGACUCAUCGUGCUUUCUGUUGUCGGGGUCACGGCACUAGCUGUGAUCACUUCACUCAUGAUCUUUCUGCACUGGAGGAUGAAAAAGGAAAAGUCCAGAAAGAUUUCAGAGACUGACAUCGAGUCUUCAGCAGCUUCCAGGAAUCAGACAGCAGCAGAAAAUCCUGCAGAAGCAGCAAAAGCAGAUGAAGCUGAAAGUAGUACAGAAACUCUGUUAAAGGACGGUUUCAGGGGAGGAGGUUAGAUUAGAAGAAGAGAAGUAGAAUUUUAUAUUAGGAUUCAUUUAUUUAGAUGGACACUAGUCACUGACCUUCAUGUUCUACCUGUGUGGAGUCAAGGCUUCGAAACCACGUCUCCUUCCUGAUCACCAGCUCCUGUCCACCUCACCCCUCAUUCUGUGCUCACAAAAACAUUUUAGUGGACUGAAUGUAGAUUAAUAUUUCUGAUGAAACACGUUAAUGGUGUGUGCUCCGGUUCUGCUGUGAUCCUGUCCUGUGUGUCCAGGAGAAGAUCCAGACUCUGGUCAGCUUACUGAAGAACUGUGACAUAGAUAUUUUGUGAACAAGCAUUUUUACUUCAAAUGACCAUACUGUUGUUUUUUUUCUGUUAUUUAUUACAUUUUCACAUUACAUAUUUCAUAUUACAGUUUCACUGAUUUCAUUUCUGAUACCAGAUCAUACUAAACUAAACUAAACUGUGACUCCGCCCACUAUUUCAGUGGCUUCAUCACUUUUAACAGCUGUGAAGACGAAUCUGGACAUGAGAGGAGAACUAUUUCAGAAGAACAGAAACUGGAGGUUUCACUGAACUCCUGACACCCAGAUGUUUAGACAGAUGUUCAGGCAGAUGUUCAGGGUGUUGUGUAAUUACAGUUCAGUUCUAUCAGUUAGUGUUAAAUUCAGUCAUAAACAAUGGCAGCUUCGGUCAUCAUCACGGUGACAUCAUCAUAAUAUUUAUGUUUAAAUAAAAUAUUGGAAGGUUUCUGAUCUGUUAAAAGGUCUGUGUUACUCGAUGGGUCACUCUUGCUGGACAGGAGGCCUGAAUAGUGCUGAAGGCUUCACAGCAAUGACAGUGUGGGAUCCUGCUGCUGGACCACCAGGAGGCCUGAUGAAUUCUUAAUUUUCAGUCAUGUGGUAUUUAUGUAUUUAAACACAAAUGUUUAGAAAUGUUGUGAAUGUGCGAUCUUAAAUAAAAGUGCAGCUUAAACUGAA